AUGGAAUCAGCAGCAGAAGACGACACCGUGGGAGAUGAUUCUUCCUCAUCCAGCGACGAGACCCGCAAGAAGCUGACGACGUUUUUCGCCGCGCCGAGCCACACCUGCAUCCUCCUCUCGGUCGAGAGGGGCAAGGCCGUCGUGGCGGACGAGCCCCCCCACACGCCCCCUCGCACGCCCCCCCAAGCGAGGGGGAAGCGACUGAGGGGAAUCUACCUGUUGAAGGUGGGGGAUGGGGCGACGACGAUGGAGAACUUCCAUACGUCCGUCGCGUAUGGGACGAUCGGAGGCGACGUCAUGGAGUCUCUGAUCGACUUCAUCCGCCACUAUCACUGCUCCAUCAUUCGCGACAGCAGGGCGUUGCCAGAAGACGUGGCAUCCGACCUGUCCACGGAGACGGAGAAGUUCCUCGCCUUCCUCUACGGCUGGAGGAGCAUGCACGGCGCGACGCCUUCCCUCUACAUCCCCGAGGACUUCUCCAAGCUCACCACGGAGGACGCGAGGGACCAAGCCACGAUGGAGAUCGUGGAAGGGGUGGUGAUGCAGUGGGUGGGGCAGAUGCGGCAGAUGGCCGCCUGGAAGAGACGCACCCCUACCGUGAAGCUGGAUUCCGGGGGACCCCUGGCCGAAAUCAGCGUCUGGAGAAAGCUCUGUGAGCAGCUCGAGGCGAUGACCCAACACGCCAACUCCCCCAAAGCCCAGCACGUCAUCGAAAUCCUCCGAGCCGCCCACUCCACCCACGCCAAGCAAUUCCUCAAACUGACCACCUCCCUCCAGAAGGAGAAGCGGCGGUGCGAGUCGAACGUGAAGUACCUGUCCGUCCUGCGGAAGCCCUGCGAGCUGCUGGCCCGGAGUCGCCCGAUCGAGAUCCCCACCCAGCUCCCGUCCCUUCUCGGAUUCGUCCGGGCCAUCUGGAUCCAUUCGCCCAAUUACAAUACCAAGUUGUACAUAAUCGGACUGCUGCAGAGACUAACGAACGACAUCCUCGGCGCGUGCCAGCAGUUCCUCCACCUGGACGAGAUCCUGAGCGGGGAGGACACGGACCGCUCCUCGCAGCGCAUCUCCGAGUGCAAGUUCUGCUGCUCCGAGUGGAAGGCCAUCUACAAGCAGGUGGGUGCAGCGGCAUCCGACCUCGGAGCAGAAAAGUCCCUGGAGUACUGGGAAUGGGACACCGAGUCCGUGUUCGUCCACGUGGACACCUUCGUCGCCCGGCUCAACGACCUCCAGGAGAUCACGGAUGCCCAGCAACACUUUCUUCGGCUGGGGAAGGUGGAGGUGCCCCACCAGAGCCGAGUCCUGGUGGAGGGGCUGGGCCAGGUGGAGCAGCUCUUCCGGAAGGCCCUGGACGCUCUCAGGGAGGGCGAGGGGAGUCACCAUGCUCUGGACAUACAGGACACGGCGUGGCACGAGGACAUGGCCAGGUUUCGAGGUUCCUUGAAAGAGGUGGAGCACCUGAUGCGAGAACUCAUUCAGCAGCUGUCAAAGUCCUUCACGAAUCUCUCGGAGGCCAUCGACACCUUCAACAUCUUCCGAGCCCUGGGACAACGCGAGGCCCUGCGACCCGUCAUCAAAGACGGCAUCAACAAGGUGUGGGACCUCCUCGACUGCGAGCUGCGAGCAGUGGAGCAGGAGCUACGGCGGCUGCGGGACGGGGGGGAACGGUACGCGAGGACUGCCAUCCGAACGAGGUGGCUCUCUCUCCGGGUCCAGCAAGACAUGAUCGCCGUGAAGAGGGCUGGCUGGAUCCAAGAGAUCCACCGGAACCCGGAGAUCGAGGAGCAUUACCUGAAGCUGAAGACCUCGCUGGACGCGAUCCCGGGGCAGAUGUUCGCCGCGUGGGUGCGGGGCCUCGACUUCGUCCCCGAGAGCCUCCUCAGGCGGUCGCUGCUGGUGCCGUGCAAGGGGAGGCCUGGCCUCCUGGAGCUCAACUUCGACCCUCAGGCAUCAGUCCAACCAACCUCGUUCGGCCCCGUCUGGCUCGUCCGCAGGAGGAUCGAGGAGCUGUGGGAGGAGGCAGGGCUGUGGGAGGAGGAGAAAUUCCAGAUCCCCAGGCAGGCGGUGGAAGUGCACAGGAAGAGAGUGGAACUCUAUUUUCUUCGCCAGCUACUUCUCGAUGUUCUGCACCGUUAUAACAAGGCUCUUUCAGCCCUGUCAGAAAACGAGAGACAGCUGUUGAAGAUUCAUCUGUCCCGAGUGGACCGAGUCCUUUCCCCCGGGAUCACCAAGCACCAGUGGGCGGACGUGGAUUCCCUCACGGAGUUCCCGGUGCAGGCGCUGGCUGCCAUCGCAGUGUUCGAGGGGGUGGUGUCGAAGUACGAGGGGUUGCAGAGGGCGCUGGGCGGCCUCGUCAUGGGGUUGUCGGGGAUCUCAUUGUACGAGGCACCUGGGACCGACUCGCAGAGCCUGGAUUGGCCCGCGUGGGAAACGGGGUUUCGCGAGUCUAUAAAGAAGGGAGAGAUGGAGGCAACGGUCUUGGUAGAGAAACUGAGGUCCUGUAUCGAUGGCGUCCAGCAACUGGUCCUCAAAGACACGGAUGAGGGAGAGGGAGUGAAGAAGGAAUGGGGACGAUACGGGGAGCAGGCGAAGAGAAUCCUCGGCCAGGGGGUCGGGCUGUGUCUGAAGAACUCUCUCGGGACACUCCUUGAAUCUCUUCGCCAGCCUUCUUCCCCCAUUCUCAUCAGCCUUUCGCUAUCCUCGGAUUCCAAACAAGUCCGUCUGGAUUCCUGGCUGAGGGAAGUGGUUGAUGUUAUUGGGGAUGCCCUGAGGGCAUUCCUCGCCGUCUUCGAUCCCCUCUCCGCUCUGCCUCUCGUCGGGAAUGGCCCCGGACUGAAAGCCCUCAUCCUCAGGGACCCGGAGAUCGUCCAAAUCCAGCGGGACAUAAAUCGAGUACUGGAAGAGGGAUGCGAGGAGAGCGAGACCCGAGUCAGGAGCAUUCGGGAUCGAUUCCACCCUCUAUGGGGGAUGGAGCCAGGGAUUUUCCUCCAGGAGUACAAACACCUCACUCCCUCUUCGUCCGCUUGGAAGAACGACCUCCACAGGCACGAAUCGCUGAGGCUUCCUCAUUAUUAUCAUCCUAUCUCAUGUUUUUCCUUUGAAAUGUACGAGAGCCUGCAGGAGGAAGUGGAAUCUCUGGAAGAAAAAGUUCCUGCCGGAGUUUUUCUCCUGGACUUAAGCUCCUUGAAGACGAAUCUCCUGAAUGCGGGCAAGGCUUGGCUUCAUACCCUGUCUAAGGCAGUGAAUGAAAAAUGA